AUGCCGCUCUUGCUACUGGUACUGACAGUGUUACUUUAUCCCUACUCUGAUGCCAGUGAAUGCACGGAUUGUGUGGAUCAAGGAUGCACGUAUUGCAAGAAGGACGAUUUUUUUGGUGAUCGCAGCGGACCCAGCGUUUGUGUUUGUGAGGGAUUGAAUGAUGGCUUCUUUGGCCAAAAUGCUGGCAAAGGCUGCAGUGACUUUACAUUUGGGGCGUCCGAGCUCAAGUCCAAGCCAGACUGUACCUUUGGAAAUCAGCAGGGAGAAAUCAUCACCGCAGUGGUUGUGGUUGCGUGUCUUGCCGUUGUGGCUGCUGUUGGACUGUUUGUUUACAAACGAAGGAAGAGCAGGGCGUAUCACCCUCCUGCUUCCACACCAGCCUACGAAAGUGCCACACCAGCCUACAACAGUGAGCCAGUCACACCAACAAGCAGUGUCCUUCCCGUGGUUCGACCUACGGCUCCUCCAGUAAACUCCAACAAACCAGUCCCCAUAGCGGCCGCAGUUGCUGUCGACGAAGACAGUCUGCGCGCUCAGGCGGCCAUGACAGUGAGUGCAACACCCGUUCCGUACACUGAAAAACCUUCUGGACCGGAGCAGCAGCCCGAUCAACUGUGA